AUGUCCACCAAGUUCCCCGCUCCCUCACAUUCAUCCUCUAACAGUAUGACCCUAGUCUCAGACGACCCUAGUUAUUGGCCGUUCAUCAACGCUUGGCGUAUUGGCAGCUAUUUUGUAGUUGGCGCUGGUGUUAUAGUGGUAUAUGAUUGGGUAUUUCCAGCCCUUACCUUUGGACAAGAGGUCGAACUAGUCUGGAGACAACGCUGGUUCCUGAUGACCGUCCUCUAUCUGAGUGUGCGCUAUGUUGGAGUAUUAUUUGUCAUCAUGAACAUACUGGGCCGGAUUCUGUACCUCGUGCAGAAUUGGACGAAUGUUGUGGCAUUUCCAAUGCUGUGUGUCAUCAUGAUCACUCGGUUACAUGCCAUGUAUCAACGAUCCAGAAGGAUCCUGAUAUUUCUCGUCGUCGUGUCCUUAGCUGUCAACAUUUUCGACGUAGCGGUCACGGUAAUGGCAACGAGGCAUAUUUCAGGAGAGGAACUCAUUAUCUCUGGCACCUAUGCGUGCACGCUUGGCCUUGCAGACAAUACUCCACUUCUGGCUUCUAUUAUUUGGAUACUCGGCACUGUCUGGGAGAUCCUCGCACUGUGUCUCGCAGUCUGGAUUGCUGUUAAACACUUCCGUGAACUGCGACAACAUUCAGCAGGAGAGAUUAUCGGCGAUUGUUUCACGGUGUUGAUAAAAUCCCACGUGCUUUACUUUGCGAGUUAUGUCGCCGUGUCUUGCUUCAACCUCAUUGGUAAUUUGUCUCCAACGAUUUUAGCGGACCCAUUUUCCCUCGAAACACAGAUUUUUCUUGGUGUUCUUCAGACUUUACAAGUCAUACAGUCCUUUGUGCUAGGACCACACCUCAUCCUAAGCGUUCGAGAAUAUCACGCUCGGCUCGUGGCAGACUCUGAUGCAGCAACCGCCAUGACCUCAAUCGCUUUCCAGGAGCGCGUGCAUAUAUCAACUGGCAGUGGCGUAUAG